CCCUUGUUUCUUCAUUGAAAUGACCAAAGUCCACAAGGUUGGCCACCUGGGACAUCCAACUGAUAUGCUGAGAGCUACACUUCUUCCCAGGCUGGUGUGACUACUCAGUGGCCCCACCAUGUCUAGGCCCCAGGAGCAGUCAGUGGAUUCCGAGGGAGAAUCAUACCAAUACGGGAGAAAUGAGGAGGGGACCCAGAACUCCCACCGCAUGCUGGGCUUCAGUGAUGCUCUGCUCUCCAUCAUUGCUACUGUCAUGAUCCUGCCUGUGACCCACACAGAGAUCUCACCAGAACAGCAAUUUGACAAAAGUAUACAGAAACUUCUAGCAACCAGGAUUGCAGUCUACCUGAUGACAUUUCUAAUUGUAACUGUGGCAUGGGCAGCACAUACCAGAUUGUUCCAGGUUGUUGGGAAAAUAGAUGAUACACUUGCCUUGUUCAACCUGGCCUGUAUGAUGACCAUCACCCUUCUACCCUACACAUUUUCUCUAAUGGUGACGUUCCCUGAUGUGCCCCUGGGUAUCUUCCUGUUCUGCAUGUGUGUGAUUGCCAUUGGAUCUGUGCAGGCACUGAUUGUGGGGUAUGCUUUCCACUUCCCACACCUGCUAAAUCCACAGAUCCAGUGUUCUACACACAGGGCCCAGUCCCGACGACACAUCUUGCGCCUAGUCCUCCGUGGCCCAGCACUGUGUUUUGUUGCAGCUGUCUUUUCCCUCUUCUUUUUCCCCUUGUCUUAUGUGCUGAUGGUGACUGUCAUCUUCCUCCCUCAUAUCAGCAAGGCUACCACCUGGUGCAAAGACAAGCUCAUGGGCCACAGGGAGUCUCCAGCUCACAAUGUGGAGCCCUUCAGUAUUGAUCUGCAUGCACCUCUCAGCAAAGAGCGAGUGGAAGCUUUCAGCGACGGUGUCUAUGCCAUUGUGGCCACACUCCUCAUCUUGGACAUCUGUGAAGACAACGUUCCAGAUCCCAAGGAUGUACAAGAGAAAUUCAAUGGCAGCCUUGUGGCUGCCCUGGGUGCAUAUGGGCCACAAUUCCUGGCAUACUUCGGCUCCUUCGCCACAGUGGGUCUGCUCUGGUUUGCCCACCAUUCACUCUUCCUGCAUGUCCGGAAGACUACACAGACCAUGGGGUUACUCAACAUACUGUCACUGGCCUUUGUGGGUGGCCUCCCUCUGGCCUACCAACAGACCUCAGCUUUUGCCCGACAACCCCGUGAUGAACUUGAGCGUGUGCGGGUCAGCUGUGCCAUCAUCUUCUUUGCCAGCAUCUUCCAGUUUGCCAUCUGGACUGCAGCCCUGCUGCAUCAGACAGAAACACUGCAGCCAGCUGUGCGAUUUGGUGGGCAGGAGCAUGCUUUCAUGUUUGCCAAGCUUGCACUAUACCCCUGUGCAAGCCUGCUGGCCUUUGCUGCCACCUGCCUGCUGAGCCGGUUCAGCACAGCCAUCUUCCACCUCAUGCAGAUUGCAGUGCCCUUUGCCUUCCUGCUGCUCCGUCUCCUUGUGCGCCUUGCUCUGGCAGGCCUUCAAGUUCUAUGGGACCUCCGGCCAGAGCACCCUCAACCAGGCCAGAGUGAACCUGAGUCUCAGUCUCAGCUCUUGCCUGCCCCCUGCUAAUGCCAAGGGAGCUACAUCUGCCCAUUCCAGGUAGAAGUGUUGUGACCCUGGGGCUAUGGUUUUACUGGCCUGAGUAUUGUAUAUAUUGUGAAAUAUCAAGAUCUAUUUCAAGCGUA